CGCGGUCCUGUUCACCGGGUCUCACCGCCAUGAGCCUGGAGCUGUACCUGGACCUGCUGUCCCAGCCCUGCCGCGCCGUCUACAUCUUCGCCAAGAAGAACGGCAUCCCUUUCGAGCUGCGCACGGUGGAGCUGCUCAAAGGCCAGCACCACAGCGAUGCCUUUGCCCAGGUGAACCCCCUGAGGAAGGUGCCAGCCUUGAAGGACGGGGACUUCACCUUGGCUGAGAGUGUGGCCAUCCUGCUCUACCUGAGUCGCAAGUAUGAGGCCCCUGACCACUGGUACCCACAGGACCUCCAGGCCCGUGCCCGUGUGGAUGAGUACCUGGCUUGGCAGCACACGACCCUGCGGAGUUGCUGUACCCGAGCCAUGUGGCAGAAGCUGAUGUUCCCUGUGUUCCUGGGUGAACGGGUGCCCCCCAAGACCCUGGCAUCUACUUUGGCUGAGCUGGACAGGUGUCUGCAGCUGCUUGAGGACAAAUUUCUGAAGGACCAGGACUUCCUUGCUGGGUCCCACAUCUCAGUGGCUGACUUGGUGGCCAUCACAGAGCUGAUGCAUCCUGUCAGUGCUGGCUGCCAAGUCUUCAAAAGCAGACCCAAACUGGCUGCAUGGUGCCAGCGUGUGGAGGCCGCAGUGGGAGAGGACCUCUUUCAGGAGGCCCAUGCAGCUGUCAUGAAGGCCAAGGACCUGCCUCCAGCAGACAGUGCUGUGAAGGAGAAGCUGAAGCCCUUGGUACAGGUUUUGUUGCAGUGAGUUGCAGUGUGGGGCCUGCAGAGCCACUGACAGUGGAGACUCUGUUGUCAGAAUAAAGAGAUGGAGCUGCCUGUCCUUGGCUGUGAGCAAGACACCCUGCACAGGCCCUGGCCCACAGUUUCCUCCAUGCAUUAGCCCUUCAUUAGCCUUCUCUCAUCUGUCUGCUUAUUUUACCCCUUCCCCUUCUACUCUGAUUUCCAUGUGACCUCUGUAAAGAGCUUUAGUAAACACAAAUUUGACCAGU